UGUCAAUGCUGUACACCAAUUGUUUCUGUGCAACCGCAGACAGUUUUCCUCCUCCUGUCACCUUGAUCAUCUUCUUUCUCCUCCACCGAUUCCAUGGCGGACGCAUUGGUAGGAGGAUCAUUUCUCUCUGCUUUCCUUCAGGUCCUCUUUGAUAGGAUUGCUUGUCCGGUGAUCAUUGACUUCUUCACCGGCCGAAAUUUUGAUGAUCAACUGCUGAGCAAGCUGAAAGCAACCUUGAUAUCUGUCAAUGGAGUGCUCGAUGACGCAGAGGAGAAACAGAUUUCUAAACCAGCUGUUAGAAAGUGGGUCGAUGAGCUCAAAGAUGCUGUCUAUGAAGCUGAUGAUUUGUUGGACGAGAUUGCCUAUGAAGCUCUGCAAUCGCACUUGGAAGCUGGAUAUAGGGUGAGAAAUUUUUUCUCUUUUUGUAAUCCAUUUAUUCUUAUGAAAAAGGGGAUGAAAAUAAAAUUAGAAGAGAUCAUUGUGAGGCUUGAACAUCUAGUAAAACAGAAGGAUGCUCUUGGUUUGAGAGAGGGUAUUGGCGAAAACCCUUUUUCACAAAAAACACCAACAACUUGUCUGGUAGAUGAAUCUGGUGUUUAUGGUAGGGAUGAUGAUAAGAAAGCCAUAAUGAACUUAUUGCUAUCAAAUGAUGAAAAUAGCAGCAAUUUAGGUGUGAUUCCUAUUCUGGGCAUGGGUGGGGUUGGCAAAACUACCCUUGCUCAGCUUGUUUACAAUGACAAGACUGUGGAGAAGUGGUUUGAUUUGAAAGCAUGGGUCUGUGUAUCAGAAGAAUUUCACAUCUCCAAGGUAACGAAAGAUAUUCUUGAGGAGGUGGGUCGGCAUACUUGUCAUGACAAGACUCUAAAUCAGCUUCAACUUGAGCUUAAGUCGUCAUUGAAUGGGAAGAAAUUUUUGCUGGUUUUGGAUGAUGUUUGGAAUGAUAAAUUUGCUGAUUGGGACAUUUUACAGAAGCCUUUGAAGUUCGGGGCACCAGGAAGCAAGAUUAUCGUUACAACACGCAAUGAAACCGUAGCAUCAAACAUGUGCACUGUUCCUGCUCAUCAUCUGAAGGGAUUAACCGAGAAUGAUUGCUGGUUGUUGUUUGCAAAACAUGCAUUUGAUGACAGAAAUUUCAAUUCACAUCCUAGCUUAGAACUGAUUGGUAAGGAAAUAAUGAGGAAGUGCCAAGGUCUACCUUUAGCUGUAAAAUCACUUGGGGGUCUCUUGCGUUCUAAAAGAGACAUUGGUGAAUGGAAAAGGAUAUUGAAGAGCAAUAUGUGGGAUUUAUUGAAUGAUAACAUUCUACCUGCUCUUCAGUUUAGCUACCAUUAUCUCCCAUCCCACCUAAAACAGUGUUUUGCUUAUUCUGCAAUAUUUUCUAAGGAUUAUGUAUUUGAAAAGGAGGAAUUAAUCCUUUUAUGGAUGGCAGAGGGUUUUCUAGUGCACUCUAAUGAGGAUAGGCAGAUGGAAGAAAUAGGUGAUGAGUACUUUGAAAAUCUUAUCUCUAGGUCAUUUUUCCAAAGAUCUAGUCUUCAUCCAUCUUGCUUUGUUAUGCAUGAUCUUGUGAAUGAUUUGGCCAAAUUUGUUUCUGGAGAUUUUUGCUUUAGGUUGGAAGGCGACAAUUCAUGCAAGAUUGCUAAAAGAACUCGACAUUUAUCAUAUGUGAAAACAGAAUAUGAUGCUUCUAGGAAAAAUGAGAACAUCUAUGAAGCCCAACUUCUGCGCACCUUCUUGCUUGCAGAGUGGUCAUCCAUUGACAAUGAAGAUAUGCAUGAUUUAUUGCCAAAACUCAGGCGCCUACGUGUAUUAUCUCUGGCUCAAAAUCGUAGAAUAACUGAGUUGCCUUGUUCAAUUGGCUACUUAAAGCAUUUAAGAUAUCUAAACCUCUCUGCAACAUCAAUAAAAAAGUUGCCUGAAAUUGUGAGUACUCUGUACAACUUGCAAACAUUGAUCUUGCAUCAUUGCAAGGAUCUUGUUGAGUUACCAUCCAAAUUGAGAAGACUAAUAAACUUGUGUCACCUUGAUAUUAGAGAAACAAUACUGCGAGAAAUGCCGUCCCAAAUGGGUAAACUGACAAAGCUUGCAAGGUUAACUGAUUUCUUUGUGAAAAAACAUGGAGGCUCUGGCAUCAGUGAAUUGGGGAAACUGCAACAUCUGCAAGGACAACUUUGUAUUUGGAAUCUUCAAGAUGUUCUUGAUGUUCAAGAUGCCAUCACAACUGAUUUAAAGGGUAAGAAGCAUCUCAAGGAGUUGGAGUUGAGGUGGAAUGGUGAUGUUGGUUGUUCACUGCAUGUAAAAGCUAUACUUGAGCAACUUCAACCUCACACCAGUUUGGAAUGUCUUUCCAUUGUUGGUUAUGGAUAUUCAAAAUUUCCAGAUUGGGUUGGUGACUCUUCUUUCUCAAAUAUUGUAUCCUUGAAGCUCAGUGGAUGUAAACAUUGCUGCUCCUUGCCACCAUUUGGACAGUUGGCAUCUCUGACAUCUCUCUCAAUCACAGAAUUCGAUGGAGUUAAGGCUAUUGGUCCUGAGUUCUAUGGCAGUUGCACAUCCAUGGCGAGGGCAUUUGCAUCUCUUGAGAUCCUAAGGUUUGAAAUGAUGCCACAGUGGCAUGAAUGGAUUUCUAAUGUAGAUGGUGGAGCUUUCCCUCUUCUUCAACAGCUUUACAUACGUGAAUGUCCCAACUUAACAACGGCCUUGCCUGGUGACCUUCCUUCUUUAACAACACUUGAGAUUGAAGGAUGCCAGCAACUUGUGGCUUCAAUUCCAAAAUCUCCAUCCAUUCUCAGAAUGAAGCUAAAGGAUGAUUCUCGUCUUCUGCGACUAGUGAAACUGUCUCAUGGAUUGUUCCGCUUUGUGGUCGAUGGAUUCCAUUGUCUUAAUUCUCUACUAGAGGAAAUGCAGCAAAUGGGUGGUCUUUUCACUACUUUGGAGGAAAUUGAAAUAAACAACUGUGAUUCACUGAACUGCUUCCCAAUAGGGUUAUUCUGCAAGUUAAAAACGCUUCGCAUCAGUAGAUGUCCACAUCUCACAUCCCUUUUUGCUCCUGAGGCAGAUCAUGCAGAUUUAACAUCUCUCAGUUCCCUAGAAGUCAGGGAGUGUCCUAAUUUGGUAUCUCUUUCUAUAGGAGAAUUACCGAUCCCAAAUUUGACUAGGCUUCUGUUAAUGGGUUGCUCAAGAACUGAGUCCUUCCCUGGGAAGAUGCUGCUAUCCUCAACUCUUACCUCUCUUAAAAUCUGGGAUUUUCCAAAUCUGGCAUAUUUGGACUACAGAGGACUUCAACACCUCACUUUUCUUAAAGAGCUAGAGAUCUGUAAAUGCCCUAAGCUUCAGUCCAUUCCAGAAGAGGGGUUGCCCUCCUCCCUUUCCUCUCUGUCUAUCUGCUUAUGUCCUUUACUGGAACAAAGAUGUCAACAAGAGCAAGGGGAAGAUUGGCCAAAGAUUUCUCACCUGCCCAACUUAGAGAUCAAUUUCCAGAAUGUCAAUUGAUUCAGAAACCAGUUCAUUUGUUGAGUUCUUCAAAUUUAAACCUGGAAAACCAACCAAAAGAACUGAAGCUUGCGAAUAGUUGGAUGAAAGGAUAUGUUUCUGUAGACAAAUACUUGUAUUAUUUGUGAUGCUUCAUGAUUCAGUCGUGAAAAGCAUUCAUUUCUGCAACAAGCACAAGUAGAGAUUAGAUGAAACUUGUUUCUUUUAAGAAAGAUAUUUCAUUACAGAAAUGUCAUCGUCAGAUUUCAGCUGUGCUAUUGAUAUUCAAGAUUUAUGUUGUGGUUUUUAUUUAUUCCAUUUGGUUGGGAGUUCUAGC